CCUCCGACAAGUGCAAACUGCCAUGGUGGACAACGGUCUCACGGGCGGCAACUUGGACGCACUUCUCUCGCAGCACGCGGCUGGUAUCGCAGAGCUCAAGGCGCUCGUCAAGGACGUCCUGACGCCCGCGCACGACGACGUCUGGCUGCUGCGGUUCCUCCUUAGCAACGGCAGCCCGGCCGCGAGCGAGGAACCAGUCCGGUUCACGAUCCAAUGGCGGGCCGAGCGCAAGGACGCACUCGAGCGCGUCAAGCAAGGCGGAAGGCGCCGUACUUUGCUGAAGUGAGCAAGUACCAAGUGGUGGGCGACCACAAGUUCACGACGCUGGGCGAGCCGAUCUUUUACGUGCGCAUUGGCCUCUGCAACCCACGCGCGCUCAUGGACAAUGUCUCGUACGACGCGGUGGUCGAGAACAUGAUGCUGUCGCGCGAAGCCACGAUGGUGUACCUGGACGCCAAGUCGCGCGAGACACGGACGCUGCUCAAGGCCAUUACGAUCUUGGACUUUAACGGCUUCUCGCUGCUCCGGGGCAACGACGCGCGCUUCUCCAAAGUCCUUGGUGACACGAGCAAGCUCUCGGAGAAGAUGUACCCGCAGGUGCUCGGCCGCACCAUCUUUGUCAACACGCCCGCGAUCUUUUCGUUUUGCUUUCGCCUCGUCAAGCCGCUCAUGAGCGCCCGCGCAGUCGCCAAGAUGGUAUUCUGCCCCGGCGGCAAGCAGCUGAGCGACUGCCCGUAUGUUGCCAAAUACUUGAGGCUCUCGGACCUCCCGACGUUCCUUGGUGGCCAGUGCACCUGCGACGGAGGUGGCUGCAUCGGCGGCAUCCCCAACUCGCAGACGACGCCGCUCACCAGCGUCGACGACGACGGCCUCGCCUCCAUGACGGUCGCCGCGCGCUCAGUGCAGUCGCUUGAUAUUGCCAUCAAGAAAGGACGCGUCUUCGAGUACACGCUCGGAGUGCCCGGGAAGCGCGUGGAAGUGAGCGUCGCGUUCAAGAGCACCGAAGACGGCAAGGCGAUCGACAUCUUUCCAAAGCAAUUCCUCGAUAACACAAGUGGGCUCGUCGACGGCGUGUGGCCUGCGCCGGCGGACGGCGUUGUCACCGUCGUGUUUGAUGCCAACGAUGCCGUCUUCCGCGGGCGUCAAGUCCAGUACAAGGUCGAGGUCGUCGACGACCCCAACGAUGCCUAAGGCGCACCAUUAGUCGAUGCGUUCUAUAUCACAAUCAUGCCACUCGCC